UUUGGAACUUCCCUUCUGGCGGGCCGGAAGGUUGGCGGUUCGGUCCCAGGGUCCCGACGCGUCCUGCGUUCCUUUCUGGGUCCCGCGGCGCGGCCGUUGGAGGCGGCGCGGCCCAGAAGCGCGUGGCGAAUCUGCCACGGCGAAUCGGCGGGCGUGGCGCCGGCGGCCUCGCGAGAGCGCGGCUCAGACAGAGGCGGCGCGACGGGGCUUGCAGGCUAAGGGCCGCGGGCGGAGAACGGGCAGCUCAGCGGCGGGGGGCCGGUCGGGCCCCGCGGCUCCACCAUGACGGGCCGCGUAUGCCGCGGCUGCGGCGGCACGGACAUCGAGUUGGACGCGGCGCGCGGCGAUGCAGUGUGCACGGGCUGCGGCUCGGUGCUCGAGGACAACAUCAUCGUGUCCGAGGUGCAGUUCGUGGAGAACAGCGGCGGCGGCUCGUCGGCGGUCGGCCAGUUCGUGUCGCUGGACGGUGCUGGCAAAACCCCAACCCUAGGAGGUGGCUUCCAUGUGAACUUGGGAAAGGAGUCAAGAGCACAGACCCUACAGAAUGGGCGGCGCCACAUCCACCACUUGGGAAGCCAGCUGCAGCUGAACCAGCACUGCCUGGACACAGCCUUCAACUUCUUCAAGAUGGCUGUAAGCAAGCAUCUGACCCGAGGACGGAAAAUGGCCCACGUGAUUGCUGCCUGCCUCUACUUGGUUUGCCGAACUGAAGGCACACCUCACAUGCUCCUCGACCUCAGCGACCUGCUCCAGGUGAAUGUGUACGUGCUGGGGAAGACGUUCCUGCUCUUGGCGAGGGAGCUCUGCAUCAACGCACCGGCUAUAGACCCAUGCUUAUACAUUCCACGCUUUGCUCAUCUGCUGGAAUUUGGGGAGAAGAACCAUGAGGUAUCCAUGACAGCCCUGAGGCUUCUGCAGAGAAUGAAGAGGGAUUGGAUGCAUACAGGCCGGCGCCCUUCUGGCCUCUGUGGAGCAGCACUUUUGGUUGCAGCCAGAAUGCAUGAUUUCCGGAGAACUGUCAAAGAAGUCAUCAGUGUGGUCAAAGUGUGUGAGUCCACACUACGGAAGAGGCUCACAGAAUUUGAAGACACUCCAACCAGUCAGCUCACCAUUGAUGAGUUUAUGAAGAUUGACCUGGAAGAGGAGUGUGACCCUCCCUCAUACACAGCUGGACAGAGGAAGCUGCGCAUGAAGCAGCUGGAACAGGUCCUGUCAAAAAAGCUAGAAGAAGUUGAAGGUGAAAUAUCCAGUUACCAGGAUGCCAUUGAAAUUGAGCUAGAAAACAGCCGGCCAAAGGCAAAAGGGGCUCUUGCCAACUUGUCAAAGGAUGGCUCCGGUGAGGACGCCACAUCCAGCCCGUUUUGUGAGGAGGACACGGAGGAUGAGGAGCUGGAGGCUGCUGCCAGCCACAUGAACAAGGACUUUUACCGAGAGCUCCUGGGGGAUGAUGGCGGCUCAGAAGCAGCAGAAGGCCCUGAUGGGGGCAGCAGGCCCCUGGCCCUGGAGUCCCUCCUUGGGCCCUUGCCCACAGCAGCCAGCCUGGGCAUCUCCGAUUCCAUCCGAGAGUGUAUCUCCUCCCCAAGUGGGGAUCCCAAAGACACUUCAGAGGACGGGGAGCUGGACCUCAGUGGCAUCGAUGACCUUGAGAUUGACAGAUACAUCCUGAACGAGGCAGAAGCUCGGGUAAAAGCUGAGUUGUGGAUGCGGGAGAAUGCUGAGUACCUGCGGGAACAGAGGGAGAAAGAAGCAAGAAUAGCAAAGGAGAAGGAGCUUGGCAUCUAUAAGGAGCACAAGCCCAAGAAGUCUUGCAAACGCCGGGAGCCCAUAUUGGCCAGCACAGCUGGGGAGGCGAUCGAGAAGAUGCUGGAACAGAAGAAAAUCUCCAGCAAGAUCAACUACAGUGUGCUGCGGGACCUGAACAGCAAGGGUGGGGGCAGCCCACCCAGGGAGGACUCGCAGCCCCCAGAGCGUGCCAGCACCAAGAAGCUGUCACGGAGGAAAAGAGCCUCUGGCAGGAAUAGUGCUGACCCGGGGACAAGCGUGGGCAAGAGGUUGAGGCCUCUGGUGUCUACACAGCCAGCUAAGAAGGCAGCUGUGGGAGAGGCCUUGCUCUUAAGUCCCCCUGCCCUGGGCGCUGAGCCCAUCAAGCCAUCAGCGGUCUUGGUGGAGAGCGGCCCUGUGUCGUACCAUCCUGAGGAGGAUGCAGACGAGGAGGACGCCGAAGAAGAGGAUGGAGAGCCUUGCGUCAGUGCUCUGCAGAUGAUGGGUGGCAAUGAUUACGGCUGUGAUGGUGACGAGGAUGAUGGCUACUGAGUGGACCUCAAGGCCAGGCAGCAUCCUGGUGCUAGACUCCAAGUGUUUUAUGGGGCUCACAGGCAUGGUUUCUGGGACUCAACCAGUCAAGCACUGCCCCACUAGAUUUGAAGCACUCUUCCCAUGGCCACACCAUGGCCACAUCAUACCUACUGUUGGGAAUCAUGUUUUGAGCAAUGUACAGAAUAUUUUUGCCCAGCAAAGGAAGCCAGCUGUGUGUUUAUGUGUAAUGAAACAUGGUCAGGGAGUAGCUAGGUCAGGAUCCCACUCCAUGGCAUAGCCUUGUAGUCAUUGAUUGACCAGAAAUCCUCAGGCAGGCUCUGUGAGCUCCUGUCAUAGGGAGAUGGCAGCACUAAGGGGCUUCCUUCACUCAUGAAGUAGAACCUUGGCCUUAGCCUGCUGCCAGUGUUCUCUGCCCACCCUUCACACCCUGGAAGGGUAGGGUUGGGCAGAAGACGUGGCAGUUACUGCUCUGUGCUUAGCAGCUGUAGUCUGGAGCACCUGCCUUUAACUGCAGCCCCAGCUCCCUGCUGAGGUGGACACGAGCUCUCUACCACCUCUAAUGUCUGUUCACCGUCUGAACCACCAGGAGCAUUAUAGGCCUCAGCCUCUUGCUUAGGACUCAUGAGUUGUGCUCCCAGGAGCCCUUGAGGCUGCCCAGUAGCAGAUUAGUCCAGUUCAUCAGCAGCGCUCAGAAAGCGGAGACCAGCAGACCACAUGCAUCUGCAUGCAGCUUCCUGCUAAUGUCCAGACGACCCCUGUGGAGUUCUGGGUUAUGGCCCUGCCCUGUCACCUGGAACGGAGCCCUCUGUCAAGAAAGCCUGCAAGCUGUUUCCUCACGAGAAGGCCCAGGACUAUCCUCAGUGCACUUAACUCGGGCCUUCCUUUCCUGGACGCAGCCCUGGAUGUGAGUCUUCACUACCUGGGCUGAGGCAGAAUAUUUGACUCUGUUUCGAAUCAAGAGGUGGGGGGCCAGGCCUGAGAUGACUGAGGUGGGGGGGGGCAGACUGCAGAUGGAAGUAGAUAGGUGGGACAGAUACGGAGUGAUUUGGAUGAGAGGAUUGCAAAAUGCUUUUAGAUUGUGUACGGGAGUGUGGAACCAUAAUCAAGGGUCCAUCCUAGGGUGGGGCCAGCUUCACAAGAGUGAGGUCACAAUCAUGGUAGGCAGCCAUGACACUGGUCCAGAGUAUUUUUAGGAUGUUUGUAUGCUUAUAUGUGACAGGACUUGCCUAUGGCAUGGAGAGAGUACCGGGCUGAGGGGUGGAGGUAAGAGCUGCAGGAACAGAAACAAGUAUCCUGAACAGAAGCUGAGCCCUGCUCCCCAGCUCUGCCUUGUCUGUCAUGAGAAAGCAGGAAGGGGGUGUUGUCAAUGCUAAAAAUGAGCAAGAGCCAGUCGGGCUGAAAUGGUCUUGUGAGGAGAGGGUUGAAGAAAGUCAGGGCAGAGGGAAGGGGCCGUAUCUGCUGUCCCUGCAAGGUGGGUGAGUAGCAUAGUGGGCGGAUCCUGAAAUGGUUGAGAGGCCCAGGUGCUGAGGAGUAAGGUCCCAGUAGGGGGCAGCCGUGGAGUGGGCAAGGGUACCUCUGAGCUGAGGGCACCGCUUUGUAUGUGAGCCGCCACCAGCACUCAUGUGAGGCUAAGGAGGCAUUGGGUCUGUGUGACCCUGUUCUGCAUACGGUUGGUUUAUUUCUAGGUGCUCUUUUCUGACUGAGGUUACCACAGCAUGAUCCCCCUGCCUCAGAUCUUCCCAGAAUGCAGAGCAGUGCCUUAGGCAGCCUCCUGGGGCAGAACCAGGCCUCACCAUACUGGACCUUCAAAGAGGGAAGAGGGGGUCCAUUGGAUCCUGCAUUCUAGACUGGGACCCUGUCUUGUGUACACACUGGAGUGCUGAGAAGAAGGAAAUUGUACUCUCUCUCUGCCUCCUCUACCCUCUCCUACUGCCUUUCUGCUAGGGUGAGGGAAGUGCAGGGGAAGCUACUGUAGUCUGCACUGUCCAGGGUUCUUGCCAGCCACCUGAACUGAGGUACCUAGUACUUAGUGGUCACCACCAUCUUCAGCCCCGGUGAUCACCCAGUGAUCACCGGGGCAGGACAGUAGCAGUCAGCAAAGGUUCCCAGUAGCCUGCACAUCUGAGCUUAGUGUGGGCGCCUGUCUCUAGACGUAACCGGGGCUGCUUACAGGAGCUGGGCCACAGAACGAGAGGUCAUAGCAGUACAAGAAAGUGAGGGACUGUUCCCACUUGUGGCUCUUCUGUCCUGAGCCAUUGGGCCCAGUGAGAACCAUGUGCAGCCUACCCUGGACCCCAGGUUCCUGUCCAGCUGCUUUACCUAACUGUAUACCUACCGGAGCAGGAGUGAAAUAAGCCCUGUGGGGGUGGGACACUCCUUUUAUACCUAGUUAGAAGGUAGAGAAUGAGCUCUGACCAUGUACCUCCUUUGGUCAUGUCCUUGGUAUUUGCCUUGCAAGUGCCUGGAUUAAAGAUGUGCACCCCCUG